ACCCCCCACCACUUUGACUCAAUUUUUCUCCACAACAAGAUGUCGCAGCGUUUUGGGACUUACGCGGAGAUUGAAGAGCGUAUUGAAAUUGCUAUUGCUGAGUUAGAUAGUGGUAUCCACGCAAAUGUACGCGCAGCAGCAGACUACAAUCAUGUGCCCUACAGCAGGCUCCAAAAGCGCGUCUCAGGCCGCGCAUCAAAAAUGGAUCGCGCUGCACCAAAUCGAAGGCUCAAUCAGCAACAGGAGGAUGCCCUAAAGGCCUAUAUUACUCGAUGCGACGCGUUAUACAUGCCUCCUCUCAUGCCGCAGCUGAUUUCUGCCGCGCAGCGGAUCCUUGAUCUCGAGCACUCAGAUGGCAAGGCACCACCCAUAGGCAAAAACUGGAUCUCACGAUGGCUGGCGCGCAACCCAGACUGCCGCCGCAAGAAACAGAAAAAGUAG